GAUGACCCUGGGGCUCCGCUGGCUCGGUGUCGCUGGCACAAUAUUGCGUCGCGGCCCCAGUGGUCCCAGCCUUUCCUCAUCAUCAUGGCGGGUCGUUGUUAGUCUACCUCUUGGCUUCUGCCAUAAGGUAGCCAUUUUUCGGAAAUUCUGUGCGCGUGAGUGAGGGCAGUGUGUGAGCAGUAAAACUGCCUGAAGUGCCCAGAGAUCUCCCCCUGUCUGGCCUCGCGCAGUGCUGAGAUGAGUUUCCGGUCUAGAAAAAGAUCAUCUAGCUGCUGCUGCUCACAAGUUGUUCCUGUUGUCAACCCAAAGAAGAUACGGAUAUCUGAAGCUUUAGGCUCUUUGAAAGAAAAGGAUGUAUCAUAUCCUCCUGCUGGAACGCCAGUAGACCUGGUUCGAGUGAAGAAAGUUGGACCUUUCAUCCUGGGACCAGUUUUGGGAAAUUCUCCUGUCAAAAGUAUUGUUCAGUGCUUGGCAAGGCAAGAAAAAACAGACAAGUUCUUCACUGUCAAGAUAUUAAGCUUGAAGCCUCCUAGUGAGGAGACACAGGACGACCGGCAAGGCAAGAUGCUUUUGCAUACGGAAUACUCGCUUCUCUCACUGUUGCGAGGCCAGCAGGGGGUGAUUCAGCAUCAUGGACUUUACAAGGACAUCGCCCUGGAGGAGGUGGACACGAGCCGCGGCACCGUCUACUCGGGCCGCGCCGUGCAGCGCGUGGCGCUCGUGCUCGACUGCCUCACGCCGCACGACUUCUCACCCAGCGAGCACAUCAACCUGCAGCACUACGUCAUCCGCCAGAAGCGGCUGGCCGAGCAGGAGGCGCUGCUCGUCUUCAGCCACGUGGUGCGGGUAGUGGCCAUGCUGCAUAAGAAUAACGUGGUCCACCGCGACCUCAAGCUGGGCAACAUCGUGCUCAACCGGCGCACCAAGAAGGUAGUGCUGACCAACUUUUGUCUGGGCAAGCACCUGCUGAACGAGGACGACCUGCUGAAGGACCAACGCGGCUCGCCGGCGUACAUCAGCCCGGACGUGCUCAGCGGAAAGCCCUAUCUAGGCAAGCCGUCGGACAUGUGGGCGCUGGGCGUUGUGCUCUACACGAUGCUGUACGGCCAGUUCCCCUUCUACGACGCCGUGCCGCAGGAGCUGUUCCGCAAGAUCAAGGCUGCCGACUAUGUCAUCCCUGACGACGGCCGUGUGUCCGAGCCGACGACGAUGCUGAUCCGGCGCCUGCUGCUGCUCGACCCGCGGCAGCGCAUCACGGCCGACCAGGUGACGGAGCGCUACUUCGGCCGGCACAACAACCUGCUGCGCCUCAUGCACAGCCUGUACCUGGCGCCGCGCGACCGGGGGGGCCACGACCAGGUGGUGCCGCAGCUGGCCGACCUCGAGACCAAGGUCAACCAGCUGCAGCUCAUGGAGAGCAAGCUGUUCACCGUCAACCAGGAGGCGGACACCGCCAGGGGCACCAACGCCGUCGACCUGCCACCUGGCGGCCGUCCGGACAAACAGCUGAGCGGUCCGCGCCGGAUCGUGCCAGUAUGUAACGCCGGCGCCAGCACGGCGGUGGUAAAGGUCAGCCUCGCGACAUGA